AUGCUCUGGGCUGGAUUCUUGGUCUUGGUCUUCCUGGUUGUGGCCCUCCUGAGGUGGCUUCAGGGAGGGCUGAGCUGGAGGAAGCAACCGUGGGAGCUUCCAGGCCCCCCAUCUUGGCCCUUAGUGGGCAAUCUCCACCACCUGUUGCAUGCCGACCUGCCAGUCCACUUCCUCCAGUUAGCCCAGCAUUAUGGACCCAUCUACCGCCUCCAAUGUGGGAAGAAAGUUGUGGUUGUGCUGAACAGCUCCGAAUUAAUUCGGGAGGCUUUGAUGCGAAAAUGGUCUGACUUCGCUGGACGGCCUGAAAGCUUUCUGGCCCACUUGAUUUCCAAGGGAGGCAAAGACCUCUCGCUGGGGAACUACACACCAACGUGGCGCUUGCAACGCAAACUCGCCCACAUGGCCUUCCAGCGCAGCCUGCGAGGAGACAUGGAGAAGAUUGUGCAGGACCAGGCUCAACACCUCUCCAAGGUUUUCCACAGUUACAGUGGACAACCUGUGGAUGUGGCCCACGACUUUUCUCUGCAUACUGCUGCGGUCAUCUUUACCCUGAUAUUUGGGGCGGUGGACAUUUCCACCAUCAAAGGGAUGCAUAGCUGCAUGAUCGAACUGGUUGAAAAUUGGAGCGCUGCUUCUGUCCAAAUUCUUGAUUUUCUUCCCAUCUUCAGGGUGUUUCCCAACCCUACUUUGCGGCAUCUGCUUUCCUGUGUCAAAAACCGGGAUGCCUUGAUCCAGGGCCAGAUGAAUAAACACCAGGAGUUGAGUAGCCCUUCAGAGGUCCAGGACAUGUUGGAUGACAUGCUGCACUUUCUGCGUGACCACGGCCCUGAAAAAUGGGGGGAGACCGGUCUCUUAUUGGAUCACGUCCACAUGGCCAUUGUUGACCUGCUUAUUGGAGGCACGGAGACCACAGCAACCCUGCUCAUCUGGGCUAUUGCCUUCCUGGUACAUCAUCCUGAGAUUCAGGAGCAGAUCCACCAAGAGCUAACCACUGUCAUCGGAUCCCACCGUGAUCCGACCUAUAGCGAUCAGGAGCAGCUGCCUUACCUCCGAGCCACCAUCUGGGAGACCAUGCGCCUGCGCCCAUCAGCACCCCUGGCUCUGCCCCACAUGACCAUCCGUAACACCAGUCUGUCUGGUUUCUGCAUCCCGAAGGGCACAACGGUCAUUCCCAACCUCUAUGGGGCCCAUCAUGAUGAGACCAAGUGGGACCAUCCUCUGGAGUUUAGGCCAGAGAGGUUCCUGGAGGGCGAAGCCUCUGCUGAGGCCCGACGGAAUCUGGUGCCAUUCAGCUGUGGGGCACGGGUAUGCCUGGGGGAAGGCUUAGCCCGCAUGGAGUCGUUCCUCUUCCUUGCUUACCUCCUGCGAGAUUUCCAACUCUCGCCCGUGUCAGCCGGAUGCCUUCCUGACCUCAAGGGAUCUUUCCGAUUUCUUAUUCAUUGCAAGCCCUUCCUGGUGCGGCUGGUGCCCCGGGUGAGGACCCCGAAGCCCGAAAAAUGA